AUGUGCAUGUGUGCGGGCUGCCGGGCUGCCCCGAGCCGGCGGGGAGCCGGUCCGCUCCAGGCGGUCGGCGGCGGGAGCGAGGGAGCGGACAUGGACUUCGACUCGUACCAGCACUAUUUCUACGACUAUGACUGCGGGGAGGAUUUCUACCGCUCCACGGCGCCCAGCGAGGACAUCUGGAAGAAAUUCGAGCUGGUGCCGUCGCCCCCCACGUCGCCGCCCUGGGGCUCCGGUCCCGGCGCCGGGGACCCGGCCCCCGGAAUUGGCCCUCCAGAGCCGUGGCCCGGAGGGGGCGCCGGGGACGAGGCAGAAUCCCGGGGUCACUCGAAAGCUUGCGGCAGGAACUACGCCUCCAUCAUCCGCCGUGACUGCAUGUGGAGCGGCUUCUCGGCCCGGGAACGGCUGGAGAGAGCGGUGAGCGACCGGCUCGCUGCUGGCGCGCCCCGGGGGAACCCGCCCAAGGCGCCCGCCGCCCUGGACUGCGCUCCCAGCCUCGAAGCCGGCAACCCGGCGCCCGCUGCCCCCUGUCCGCUGGGCGAGCCCAAGACCCAGGCCUGCUCGGGGUCCGAGAGCCCAAGCGACUCGGAGGGUGAAGAAAUCGACGUUGUGACCGUGGAGAAGAGACAGUCCCUGGGUGUCCGGAAGCCGGUCACCAUCACGGUGCGAGCAGACCCUUUGGACCCCUGCAUGAAACACUUCCACAUCUCCAUCCAUCAACAACAGCACAACUAUGCCGCCCGUUUUCCUCCAGAAAGCUGCUCCCAAGGAGAGGCUCCAGGGCGAGGGCCCCAAGAAGAGGGUCUGGAGAGAGAUGUACCAGAGGAAAAGGAAGAUGAGGCAGAUGAAGAAAUUGUGAGCCCCCCGCCUGUAGAAAGAGAGCCUCCCCAGUCCUGCCACCCCAAACCUGUCAGUUCUGACACUGAGGACGUGACCAAGAGGAAGAACCACAACUUCCUGGAGCGCAAAAGACGGAAUGACCUCCGUUCCAGGUUCUUGGCCCUGAGGGACCAGGUGCCCACCCUGGCCAGCUGCUCCAAGGCCCCCAAAGUAGUGAUCCUGAGCAAGGCCUUGGAAUACUUGCAAGCCCUAGUGGGGGCUGAGAAGAGGAUGGCUACAGAGAAAAGGCAGCUCCGGUGUCGGCAGCAGCAACUGCAGAAAAGAAUUGCGUACCUCAGUGGCUACUAACUGACCAAAAAGCCUGACUGCUCUGUCUUAAC